AAAUUAUAUGCCUGGUAUUGCAACGCGUGUCCUACUAGUUUGGUACAAAAAGAGUAAAAAACAUAAAGGCAAAAAUAAAAAGCUAUAAGUAAUUUUGACAGAAAGAGAAAAAGAAGAAGAAGAAGAAGAAGAAGAAGAUAGGAUAUUUGUUGAAAGAGGAAAGUUGGGUAACGCCUGCCUAGAACUUCGUGAAGACUGAUUUGACUUACUGACAAAGAAAUGUACGGCGGUGGUCACCGUGAACGCGAAUCUGAAUCUGACACCACGAGAAUGCACAGCGAUGAAGAUGAUGAAGAUGAAAACGAUGAAGGUUCGUUCAAAAGCUGGGCAAAGCAAACAGAAGAAAGCUAUCAGUUGCAGCUUGCACUGGCGCUUCGCAUUUCAUCUCAUUCAGCUUCUUCCGCUCAAUCUAAUUACUUGUUGGAUUUUGAACCUUCUUCUUCUUCUUCUUCUUCUGAUUCUCCUCAAUCACUUUCACACCGUUUUUGGGUAAAUGGUUGUUUGCAAUACUCUGACAAAGUUCUAGAUGGCUUUUACAUAAUCCAUGGGAUGGAUCCAUAUACAUGGACUAUAAGUACCGAUAUGCAAAAUGUUGGUAUGAUUCCAUCAUUUGAAUCACUGAUGUCUGUUAAACCAUGUGAUAACUCGUCAGUUGUAGUUGUUGCUAUUGACAAAUCUAGAGACCCUGGUUUGAGAGAACUGCAAAGUAGGGUGUUAAGUCUUUCAAGUAACUGGAUUACUAUCAAAGAUGCAACUGAUCAGCUUGCAAAUCUUGUUUAUAGUAGGAUGGGGGGAGGAUCUUCCGACGAGGAAAAUUUAGGUAUACGCUGGAAGGAAUGCUCUGAAAUACUUAAAAGCUGUCUACAAUGUAUCAUUCUUCCAAUUGGAAGCUUACCAGUUGGCCUUUGUGUUCAUCGAGCAUUGCUGUUUAAAGUGUUAGCAGAUUUAAUUAACCUACCGUGUCGAAUUGCUAAGGGCUGCAAGUAUUGUAGAAAGGACAUGGGUGCUUCUUGUUUAGUACAAUUUGGUUCUGACAGGGAGUAUAUGAUUGAUUUAGUAGGAAGGCCUGGGGAAACAUGUCCACCCGAUUCUUCAGUGAAUUCUGCAUCUUCGAUGUUGAUCCCUUCACCAUUAUGUCAUCCAAGGUUCAAGCCAGUUGAAACAGCUGAAUAUACAAAGACAAUGGCCCAAUUGUAUUUCUUGGACAACCAAGCACUGCAUCUUGUAUUUGAUACCAAAUCAGGAGGUACUAUUGAUUGUAGUGACAAAAUGGAUCUACAGCAAACUGAAAUGUUUGGCACAAACUAUGCUAGUGGGAACAACCAGAUAGUUGCUUUGAGUCCUGGUACAGAGGAACAUGUGUCUUUCAAUGAAGCAAACCAGUCAGUAGUGAAUUAUUCAAGUCAUGCAGUUGACCUUGAGGAGGAAGAUCUGGACAUUCCGUGGAGUGAACUUAUUUUGAAGGAGAACAUUGGGACAGGGUCAUUUGGAACUGUCCUUCGUGCAGACUGGCGUGGCUCUGAUGUUGCUGUGAAGAUACUUAAGGUGCAGGGUUUUGAUUCUGAACGAUUUGAAGAGUUUCUAAAGGAGGUCACACUCAUGAAGCGCCUACGUCAUCCAAACAUUGUACUUCUAAUGGGUGCCGUUGUCCAACCACCAAAGUUAUCAAUAGUAACAGAAUAUUUAUCAAGAGGAAGCUUGUAUGAACUUCUGCAGAUGCCAACUGUUGGACCCUCAAUCAGUGAGAAGCGUCGUUUAAGUAUGGCUUAUGACGUGGCAAGUGGAAUGAAUUAUCUUCAUCAAAUGAAACCUCCCAUUGUUCAUAGAGAUUUGAAGUCUCCAAAUCUUUUGGUUGACGAUUCAUACACUGUUAAGGUAUGUGACUUUGGCCUUUCACGUACAAAAUCAAAUACAUAUCUUUCAUCUAGAACAGCUGCUGGAACGCCUGAAUGGAUGGCACCAGAAGUCAUCCGAGGUGAACCAUCAAAUGAAAAAUGUGAUGUAUUUAGCUUUGGUGUAAUCUUGUGGGAAUUGGUGACCCUUCAACAACCAUGGAGGGAAUUAAAUCCUUCACAGGUUGUUGCAGCUGUUGGUUUUAUGGGCAAAAGGCUAGACAUUCCGAGGCAUGUGAAUCCUCAAGUGGCUGCCUUGAUUGAGCUCUGCUGGUCUACGGAACAAAAGAGGCGGCCUUCUUUUUCCUACAUUAUGAAAUGUUUGCAGCAAAUAAUUGCUGAUGCUGAAGUGUGAAUAAGUUCAUGUUGAUAAACAUCUACCACUAUACAGAUGAUAAAUAACAACAUUAUACCUGGAUUACAGUUUAUUCAGGAUCUAGCUGAAGAGCUGAAUUAUGUUACUGGUUGAUAGAGAAGCAGCCUACUUUUUAUGUUAUAUAUAUAAUAAUAUACAUAUCAUUUGCUUUCCAUGUAUAUAUAAUGAUCAUGUAUCACUUCAGGGUUCUGAUUUAUAUUUGUAAUUCUUUUUGAAAAUGCUAUUUUUUUUCUCAAUAUUGUCAUUACAAUGGGAAGAUAAAUGUAGAUAUAAGCAUUCAGCAAUAUUUUAACUACUCAUUAUUACUAGGGAGUUCAAA